UGAGCUGGUCGUGGGGUGGAGCGAGCUUGAGUCCACGCCCCCCCCAGGCUUGGGGAAGUGACGUGUGCGGACAAAGGCAGAGGCCGCGAGGUGUCUGGUCCAGUAGAGUGGUGGUGGCUGCCUUGGGCUGUGGUCCUUUCCACCCUACUUCUCGCCUCUCCCUUGUCUCUCAGGUCCCGAGAGCCCCUCCCGGAGAAGCAAAGCUGUGGUUCGCAACAGCACAGCUGGUGGCAUCAUGACAAGUGAGGUGAUUGAAGAUGAGAAACAGUUUUAUUCGAAAGCCAAGACCUACUGGAAACAGAUCCCGCCCACGGUGGACGGCAUGCUUGGGGGGUAUGGCCACAUCUCCAACAUCGACCUCAACAGCUCCCGGAAGUUUCUGCAGAGGUUUUUAAGGGAAGGACCGAACAAGACAGGGACUUCCUGUGCCCUGGACUGUGGUGCUGGCAUUGGAAGGAUCACCAAGCGCCUGCUCCUGCCGCUCUUCAGGGUGGUGGACAUGGUGGACGUGACAGAGGACUUUCUAGCCAAAGCUAAGACCUACCUAGGGGAAGAGGGCAAGAGGGUGAGGAACUACUUCUGCUGUGGGCUGCAGGAUUUCAGCCCAGAGCCCAAUUCCUAUGAUGUGAUCUGGAUCCAGUGGGUGAUAGGCCACCUGACAGAUCAGCACCUGGCUGAGUUUCUGCGCCGCUGCAAGCAGGGCCUGCGCCCCAAUGGCAUCAUUGUCAUCAAAGACAACAUGGCCCAGGAGGGUGUGAUCCUGGAUGAUGUGGACAGCAGUGUGUGCCGUGACCUGGAGGUGGUACACCGGAUCAUCCGCAGUGCGGGCCUCAGCCUCCUGGCCGAGGAGCGCCAGGAGAACCUGCCAGAUGAAAUCUACCACGUCUACAGCUUUGCCCUGAGAUGAGGCCAGGGCCAGAGCUGGGGGCCAGCAGCUGGCAGGCCACUAGACACACCUGUCAUCACCUUUGACUCCAGUGGGAAGGGACGAGCCCUGGGAAGCUGUGCUGUGGUUCGGGGCAGUGCAGCCCUGUCACUCCAACACACCCUGGCAACUCCCCACGGGCUGCCACCUAUGGAACUGGCUGCCAAGGACCUCAAGUGUAUGAACUGCUGUUCCAGGAGAGCCACACAUGGUUCCUGCCAGAUGGUACCACUUACAAGAAUGGUCCUCUUUGGUGAUGGGUCACAGCAGCCUGCAGUAAGGGAAGGCUUCUUCAGCUCCUUGGGAGCUCCUCCCUGAUAGGCACUGCAGUCAAUAAAAGAGUGAACCCUCUUCUCAAA